CCACCCCCGCCCGAACCCGCGCCAUUUCAAACCCCGCCCAAACCCCCGCCCCGAGCAUGGCCGACGCGCCGCCACCGCCGGGGCCGCCCGCGAGCUCCUCCGAUCCGGCCCCGCCGGCGGAGCCCGGCGAUCCGCUCUCCCUCUCCCGCGGCUACCUCUCGCUCCGCCAGGCCGGCCCCGCCAGCGAGGAGGAGGCGUCGCCAGCGCCCGCGGGGCCGCCCGACGAGAGGUGCAGGGCGAUGAUGGAGGUGGUGAGGAAGGACAACGGGGCGGGCGGGGAGGAGGGCAAGUGGAGGGUGUCCAAGCUGGUGGUGGAGCACAACCACGGGCUGGGCGCGGCGCCGACGGGGGAGGCGGCCUCUUCCGCGCCGGAGCUCGGGAUGGAGUUCGACUCCGUCCACGACGCCAAGGGCUUCUACUACGGCUACGGGGAGAGGGCCGGGUUCAAGGCGCGCACCGGCUCCAACCGCCGCUCGGCCGGCACGGGGGGCAUGAUCAUGCAGCGGUUCCUCUGCUGCAGAGGCAAUUACUCGUACAGGAAAGGUAAUAAAGCCAAGGAUUCGGACCCCGCCAAGGAGGUGGAGGAUGGCGCUGCUGGGGGAGGGGAAGGGGAAGGGAAGGUCGAGGCCCCUAAGAAGAGGGGCCGAAAGCCCGGGAAGAAGAGCACGCCGGUGAUCGAGGUGGAGAACUCGGUGGAGAAGGGUGUUGCAAUAGCAGGCGCAGAGAAUGGGCAAGCAGUGCCUAGUACGAAGAAUUUGGGGAGAGGUGGGGAUAAGAAGGAUGUUGCGGAGAAGGAUGUCGAGUCUGUCGUCGAACUGGAGGAAGAACAUGUUGAGGUGGAGGAUGCCGCACAGGAUGGUGCCCAUGACCUCGGUGACGGCGACGAUGCUGGUUCUGAUGCGGGUGAGGGUGUAAUGGAAAAGGAGGUGGAGGUGAAGGAAAAGAGAGGGAGGGGGAGGCCGAGAAAGGCUGUUACAGAGGGCAAUGCCCUGCAGGCAUGUGUGUCGACGGACCUUGGUGUGACGGCGUCGCAGUGCGCUGUUGAUGAGAGAAAGAAGAUACUUAAUAAGUAUCUCUCGAAGCGACAGAGCAGACCUGCCUCAGGCAGACCCGCCAAGCCGUUAGAAAGGCGAUCGAAACGUCUUGAGAAGCAAAAUCUUCAAAAUGAAAAGAAGCCUGAGAGUAAAGAAUAUGAAAUAGUUGAAGCGGAACAGGAUCCAGAAACUGAAGUAGUAGCUGGGCCUGGAGGAGAGCCAAAAGUUGGUAUGGUUUUCCUGAAUGAAGACAAGGCUUACGAGUUUUAUGUCAGCUAUGCUGGAACUGCAGGAUUCAAUGUCCGAAAAGGAUGCUCUGAGAAAACAGCAAAUAAUGUUACGAAAUCUCGGGCUUAUGUAUGUUCUAAAGAGGGAUUCCGCCCUAAAAGUUUUACUGCCGAGCCAAAGAAACAACGAGCAGAAACAAGAACUGGCUGUGAAGCACACAUGACUGUUAAAAUCACUACUAGCGGCAAAUAUGUAGUGACAGAGUGUGUGGCCGAUCACAAUCAUGAUCUUGAAGCUCCUGUGGUGGACAUUCAGAUUCUGAGAUCACAGAAGUUAUUAGCAAAGUUACAGCAGCCUCCAGAUCCACCAAAAGUUGUUUUGAUACCAAAUGACUAUAAAAAUUAUGUUAGGACAAGGCACACGACGGAUAUGCAAUUGGGCGAUGCUCGGGCAAUUUCUGAAUAUUUACAGAGGAUGAAAGGCGAGAAUCCUUCAUUCUUCUGUUCCAUUCAAGUGGAUGAAGACGACCAAUUCAGAAAUGUAUUCUGGGCAGAUGUUAAAUCAGUGAUGGACUUUAACUACUUCGGUGAUGUAGUAUGUGUUGACACAAGGUAUAGCAUAAGUGAUUAUUGUAGGCCUCUGUUGUUGUUCAUUGGAGUUAACCAUCAUAAGCAGCCAACCAUAUUUGGUACAGCAUUUAUUUAUGAUGAAUCAGUCGAAUCCUUCAAGUGGUUGUUUGAAACUUUCAAGUCUGCUAUGAGUGGAAAGCAGCCAAGAACAGUUUUGACUGAUCGCUCUACAGCAAUAAGCGAUGCAGUUGCUUCUGCUUGGCCAGGGACUGCUCAUCGCUUCUCACUGUUGCAUUUGUAUCAAAAUGCCACCAAGGUACUAAGCGAUACAUUCCAAGGGUCGGAAACUUUUGCCCAUGAUUUUAGUCGGUCUUUGUAUGACUAUGAGGAGGAGGGGGACUUUUUGUCUAGCUGGGAAAUCCUCUUGGCGAAGUACAAUCUGAAAGACAACGAGUGGCUAAGUAAAUUGUAUGAGGAUAGAGAAAGAUGGGCUUUGCCUUAUGGGCGUGAUAUAUUCUGUGCAGAUAUUGCAGCCACACUCCGAAGUGAUAACAUGGAUGCCAUCCUGACAGGUGUUCUCAAAACAGAAAUAGAUCUUCCAUACUUCUUUAGCAGAUAUGAUAAAUUUUUAGAGGAGAAACGUCUAGCUGAACAAGAAGCUGACUACCUUGGAGUUCAAAUGACACAGAGGGUACCACCUCUGCGGUUACUUUGGCAAGCUGCUAAUACAUAUACCCCUGCACUGUUUGAGCUGUUCAGGUUAGAAUUUGAACUGGUCUUGGCCUGCAUGGUUUAUUGCUGUGGUGAAAUUGGACCAAUAUCCGAGUAUGAGGUAACUGUCAAAAACAGACCUCAAGUUCAUUUUGUUAGAUUUGACUCAUCAGAAUAUAUGGUCCUUUGUAGCUGCAAGAAGUUUGAAUUUGUAGGCCUUCCAUGUUGCCAUGCACUGAAAGUUCUUGAGAUAAAAAAUAUUAAAGAACUUCCACCACAAUAUAUUUUGAAAAGAUGGCGAAAGGAUGCUCAGAGUGAAUCUCCAAAGGAGAACUUCGGUUUUGCUGCUGUGGGUGAAGAUCCCAAGUUCACGGUGUCUAAACGGCACAAUUCGCUGUAUCGAACUUUAUAUAAAGUGGCAGCAAAGGCUGCAGAAAACAUUGAAGGUCAGAGAUUUAUGGAGAGCCAAUAUGAUCAGCUCCUGGAACAAGUUGAGCUUCUUUUGCAAGCAAAGUUGCAUGACAAGCCUUCCUUAAGCACUAUCAUGAGAAGUCAACAGCCAAAUUUGCCUCAGAAUGAUACCAGCAACAGUGAACCUCGCAGAGCAAGUAGUAAGAAAAAUAAAAAUGUAGAGAAUCGUCGGCAGCAGCAAAGUCCUCUUGAAUCAAGUAAAAAGAAAAAAGGUAGACAAGGUCUAGUGGAGCCUGAGGAGGCUGAACUGCCACUUAGGGUUCUUGCUCCCACAAUAUCGAAUGACAUCCCAAAUCACAUGAGUACUCCAACCAACCAGUUCCUUGCUCCAAGUCAUCUGAUGCAGGCACCAUAUGUUACACAGCAAUUUGGUCUUAAUUCUCUUCAAGGAUUUUCUGGCAUGUCGCCAUUUGGGCAGAUGCAGGAACAAUCACCUGUGCAUCUUCAGCAACCUCAUCUACAACAACCACCCUUUCAUAGCGGUCCACAAAUGCACCAGGCUCCCCCUCCAGAUAUCCAGUCAUUGCAGUUUCUUAGCAGCAAUCCUCAACUGGGCCACCAGACCACGGAUCAAGGCCAGUACACCAUCCCUGUAUGGGAUUUCCUGUGAUGUAGCAUGUGUUUAUGCCAGAAUGUAGAAACCCAACCAUACUAGCUGUAAAUUAUGUAACGAAAAAUAAUGUAGAAACUGAGCUGUCCUCCCUGGCCCACCUUGUUUAUAUUAAUGAAAAUAUGGGGCACUGGUAAAA